UCCAAUCCUCUUCUAAUCUCAUCAUCCGUCAGGCUGUGAGUUGGAUUAGAGGCUAGGAUAAGAUUCCAGUACGGGAGUGAUAUCUGAUUAUUAGGCCUACUAUCAGAAGAGCUUGUGCAUGAUUGUCAGUGAGACUGAGAGCAUUAGAAUACACCUUGAACUCAGCGAUGAAAAUGGAUUUAAAUGCCAUAAUAGAAAAAAUGGAAACUGGCGAUCAGGAUGCCGCACUCAUAGCGCUGCAGACUUAUAAUAAGGAGAAAUGGUCUGCUGGUCUCCUUUACGAAUUGGCUGUGAAGAGCCAGUGCUUCACAUUCGAAACAAAUGAGCACGAGCACAGAGAGGAUGGAAAUUUACAAGAGCGCUUGGGGGAGCUGGUGCUGAGCUUCCUGGAGCGAGACCUGCAGCCCUCCUGUCAGCUUGCCUGUCUGGAGACCAUCCGCAUCCUGUCACGUGACAAGAAAUGCCUGGCUCCCUUCAGCAGCCGCGCUGCCAUGGAGAUAUUAGCCCAUCAUGCCGCCCUCACACAGAAAGAGGGAGAGGCGACGACCGAGAUCCCGGACCUGGAGAGGAUUGUGGAGGCCCUCAAGUGCUUGUGCAACAUGAUACUGAACAGCGAGGCGGCCCAGGGGCUGGGGGCCGAAAUGCACCUGGUAGUGGGGCUGGCUGAGAGACUGAAGCAGUGUCGUGAGCCAAUAUGGAACCUUGAGGUGCUCUUCUUUGACUUGAGGCUAACCUUCAUGCUCACCGCGCUGCGGAUGGACGUGCGCACCCAGCUGCAACAGGAGCUCCGAGGGGUGAAUCUGCUGGCCGAAGCCCUGGACGCCACGCUGGGAGUGUGCUGGCCCGACACGUGCGAAGUGGCCCGCGCCGGGGUCACGGACGGGGAAGAGCUGCCUCCGUUCAGUCGUGAGGUGACAGAGUGUGCCAUGGAGAUCCUUAAAAUCCUCUUCAACAUCACCUUUGACACCAACCACCGCCAGGUGGAUGAGGAGGAGGCUGCCAUGUACAGACACCUGGGGGCCAUCUUGAGACACUGUCUCAUGAGCAUAGCAGACAGCGAGGACCGCACAGAGGAGUUCCACAGCCACACCUGCAAUCUACUGGGAAACCUGCCUCUGCCCUGCCUGGAUGUACUUAUAUUACCCAAAGUGCAGCCUUGCUCUGUUGAAUACACGGGGGUCAACAUGGACGCUGUCAACAUGCUUUUGGAUCUGAUGGAGAAGAGGCUGGACAGGGGAAAGAAGCUGAAAGAAUCCCUGCUUCCCUCCUUGAACCUCCUGACAGAAAGCUCCCGCAUCCACAGAGGGACCAGGAAGUUUCUGAGGAUGAAAGUUCUCCCCCCACUGAGAGAUGUGAUGACCCGGCCGGAGGUCGGCAACACCCUGCGGAACAAGCUGGUGCGCCUGAUGACUCACAUAGACACGGACGUCAAGCACUGCGCCGCGGAGUUCCUGUUUGUGCUGUGUAAAGAAAGCGUGUCACGCUUCAUCAAGUACACGGGUUAUGGCAACGCAGCGGGUCUCCUAGCAGCACGAGGCCUGAUGCGCGGGGGGCAUAACCCAGGACACUACUCUGAGGACGAGGACAGUGAGACUGAGGAGUACAAGGAGGCCAAAGCCCAAAUCAACCCGGUGACAGGACGGGUGGAGGAGGAACAGCCCAACCCCAUGGAGGGCAUGACGGAGGAGCAGAAGGAGAGGGAGGCCAUGAAGCUCGUCCACAUGUUUGAUAAACUCUCCAGGGAAAAUUUGAUUCAGCCUAUGAAGCUUGAGCCAGACGGGCAGAUGACCAAAUUGAAUCCAGAUGACUUUACCAAACUGUCUCAGCAGGGACAGAUUACUCAGAAUGACAGUGACUCUGAAGUUGAGUAAAGCUCCACUGAAAUAAGAUGAUGACACCCAUAACACCAAUGUAAUUACACAGGACACCCAAUCAUACCCACAUCCCCGACGACUGGGAGAAAAGGUCUGGUAACAAUUUGGCGGCAGUCUUCCCUCCUGUUAGGAUGUGUGUGCACUUACGUAUAUGUUCAGUGGGGUGUAAUUGGGGAAAAAAACGAUUUGAACUGGAAAAUCCAAUUGUUUAAUAUUUGGGAAAAUGGUUAAAAAAAUAAAGCUGUCACAGACCAAUCCAGUCAUGGUGAUUCUAGACCUUAUUUGUUCCAAAACCUCAUUUGCUAUAUCAUCAUGCUGUGCUGCAAUCCCAGGCCAAGGAUAUAUCCCCACUUCUGUCAAUAUUUUGAUGCAUUUUGGUCUUUGCUUUAUCACGCUUUUGUAGAAAUGAGGGAUUUUAGGGUAAUUGGCAGAUGAGUUACCAUCUUGAGGUAACAUUAGAACAGUUUCUUCACAUUGCUACUGCCAUGCCCUAACAAACUCUCAUUCCACAGCCUGCUGAAACCAAAUGCAAAUGCAUUUUAAAGAGUAAGAAAAAGAACAAAGAGUGUGAGAUGAGAGCAGGAGAUGCUUUUCAUGACGGAAGUGUAGUGUUCAUAUCAUUACUAUGUUACAGGCACAUUUAUAGUUUUUUUUUUUAUAUUUAUUUUGGGCUUUUUAUGCCUUUAUUUGGACAGUGCCACAGUGCCCCCACAUUUAUAGUUUUUAACCAGACUUGAGUUCGAUUAUAGGGAUUAUAGGGAUGCCGACAAAAGGAAAUUGAUGAAUACCAAAAUUGUCAAAAUUAUAAACAUGAUCAAAUAUGUGCAUACUCUCUCUCAUUGUUAUUAGUUCAUACACACCUUUGAUGAAGAAGGGACAUAGAGUCUUAUAGUAUCACAUUUCAUAGGGAGCAGUGUUUCAUGUUCCACUACAUAUGUUGUCCUUCCUUGUAUUUAAUUGUGCUUCACAACAAGGAAUGUGAAAGGUCUCCCAUGAGAAAGUCUGGUGAUAAUUAGUGAUUUACAUACGAUGCAGAAUUUGCUAACUUCUGCAGGAAGAAAGCACUUAUUGUGUCGUGUGCACAAGAAACGUAUAACGAGGUAGCAUGAUCAUUUAACAUGGUAACUGUUACAGUGACAAUCAGUCGAAGCCUAAAGGGUUUCUGUGCUAGGGGUUUCAUCUGUUAGCUGUCUUUUGUAAGCACUGAUGUAUAGAGAUGUAAUCUUACAGAACACUGUUGAAAUGUUCCAGAGAUGUCUUGUAUUUUUUUGGACACAGAUAAUUUGUAAUCUGAGCAGGGUACCAACUCCAUGUGAAUUUGUAAUUGGUGAAGUAUGAAGGGUGUUCACUGAGCAUCCGUGCUGAGGACAGUUCUUUGUAGACAGUCGCAGUUGGCCCAGAUGCUGGUGAAAUAACACCCUUGCUACUCUACUAGACUGCUGGCAAAAUACUGCCAUAUGCGGUUUGCAUUUGACUAGCUUCAGAUCAUAUUUUAGUUAUAGAACUCUAUAAGGAAAGAUAAAAUAUUUUCUAACUAGCAGACCAUUCAUUUGGUAGCGAAAUAUAUAGAUGGCUUGUUUGUUCAUGCAGCCAAAGAUCAGUGUCUGAAACGCUCCCAUAGGCUAGUAGCUGUACACGCUAUCUUACUCUAAGUCUGAAUAAGCUGUUACCAUGAUACCCACCUGCAGCUUCACAGUUCAGAAACUAGUUCUCUGACAACUACACUGAUGCAGACGAGCUGGUCAAACAUGUUUUAUUGCUUCCAGUAUAUGGUUAGGUAGAGGCUUAUUAUUUUGCCAAGAUCUGACUAAAUAGUCACUGCAUUCUUUGUGUUGUUAUUUGUCUGCAUCAAGGGAUUUCAGAUUAUGUUUGCACACUCUUUUGUCCAUUCAUUUUGAUUUAAUGGUAGGCAGCUAAUGGUGGAGAGAAUUGUAUAUUGUAAAUGCUGGUCAGGUAUAUUAAUAUAAAUGAUACAUUGAAUUCAUUUAUUGUACUGUACAGUGUAAUGGUUUAAUGUAAUAAAAUAGUUUUCAAAUAA